GUGAGAGACGAAUAUACUGCCUCAAAGUCAUUGACAACACGGAAAGUUGGAAACCUAGAGUUUACAACGGAUGCUACACAUUAUAUGAUGUCAAAGUAGUUGCCAUGGCAACAGCAUCACAAGACAGCAUCCCCCGUCACCUGAUGACCCCCCCAGGGCUUGUUCUGAAGGACUCCGGGGUGGAGGAUGGCACCAUAGGUGUGUUUUGCCUGAACCGUGUCCUCGAGGGCCAGGUGUAUGGUCCCUAUGCAGGGGAGGUAAUCCUGGAAGGAUGCGACAAUAAAGUGGAUUAUCGCUAUGCCUGGGAGGUGUACGACUCGAACACGAAUGAGCUGAUGCACAUCAUAAACGCCACAAAGCCGGAGACGGGAAACUGGAUGAGAUAUGUCAACUGCGCUCGCUACUUCGAGGAGCAGAACAUUGUGUCUGUGCAGAUUGGCAGUGAAAUAUUCUACAAGGCUAUCAGGGACAUCCCAGCCGGGGAGGAACUGCUGACAUGGUUCUCACUCAGCUACCAAAUGCAGAAGAAGAAAAAGAAGAAGAGGAAAAGUGUCGACGCCGUGGAGGAGAAGGAGACAGUCACAGCACCAAAUAAAAGGAAGAAGAAGUCUUCCUCUGUCUCCGAGUCAACCCCAGGCGAUGAUAUGGGGACGCCAUUGUUGUAUGAGAUCAUGACUGCAGACACCAAGCUGAAGAAAGCAAAGGACACUUCUGCAAUGGUUGAUGAGAAGAAGAAACCACCCAAGCUAAGCAAGUCGAAAUCCACAGGAAGCAUUGAUGUCAACAUGCUCAAGGGUAGCCUCAAGAAACCGACCACGCCUACCAAGAAAGCGCAGACAGCAAGCAGUACACCAAUUAAGGAUCUCAUUAUUGUGCCGUCUGCUGUCGCUUCUCCAGGAAUUAAUUCCAAGAAAGUAACUCCAAAGAAAGCAUUGAAGGUUAAAGACCUUAUCGCGAUGCAAGAUGCAAAAAAUGGUGUCUCAAAAUCAGACAUUUCACCUUCACCUAAAAAACUGCCCAUCCCUAAACUGAAAAAUAUGUCAACAAGUCCCAAGGUCAAGGGUCAGAGUAAGGUCAAGGCUGAUGGUCCACCUGAUCUUGCAAUGGCGGGAAUGGUUCUUCAUAGUGAAUAUGAAUCGGGCAAGAUAUUCCAGUUUGAGGUCAGACCUGAACAUCAUGCCGAAAAUAAACUGGGGAAAAAGAUGUUUUCUUGUGAUAUUUGUCACGCUCCCUAUAACCAUGCGUUCAGUUUAAAGCGCCAUUUCCUCCGUAGUCAUAUCAAUGCAAAGUACCUACCACUCAGUGAUAUCACAAACUGCCUCAUUAAUGUCGUGCUGCAAGAAUCUGCAGUCAGAAGCUGUAAAGGCAAUGCAAGGUGGUUUUCUAAAGAGGCAAAUAAAAAACAGAAAAGUUCGGAUGUUGAGAAGGACCAAGAUAAAGCUGCAGAGGAGACGGAGGAUAGUAAGGAGACGACAACUAUGCCCGGUGUAUACAGAUGCUACCUGUGUGCCGAACUCUAUGAUGACCUUGAUGGUCUGAAGAAACACACCCAAAACCAUCCGUCUCAGGAGAAAGUGGCCAAGAAAUUAUCGUGUGAGAAGUGCAGUAUGAAGUUCAGUGGCAAGAACAACCUUGCAAGACAUCAGGAGACUCACCUUGAAUCCAAGCAAGUGAGUUGUAUGGUGUGUGGAAAAGGUUUCAACAAGGAGUCAAACAUGAAGAAACAUCUUCAGUUUCAUCUCAACAAGAAUUUUGCUUGUGGAAUCUGUGCCGAAAAAUUUACAACAGUCGCAGAACUCAGGAAACAUGUCCGCAUGGAGCACUCAGGUUCAGAAUCCAAAAUGGCCGUUCAGCUGAAACAGAUGGAAUCUGGGCGAGAUAAACCUGUAAGGAUGGAACCUUCAGAGCUUGCUAAGAAGCCAGUGAAGGUCAACAUCAUUAAGAAGAAAAAGAUGAAGAAGAAGAUGGUGGUGGCAGCACUAGCAUCAUCAGCCUCAGGAAGCAGCCAAGUCAGUGGAGCAGACCACAGCUCCGCCAACAUGGAUCCUAACAAGCCAAUUCCUUGUCCAAUCUGCAAUAAACGCUUCUCCUCCGAGGCAAGUAUGAAGAAGCAUGCCCAAUUCCAUGGCAACCGUAGAUUCAGCUGCAGGUACUGCAAGGAGAAAUUCCCACAUCCGUUUGGCCUCCGGAAACAUUUGUGGUCCUUCCACACUGCACAGAUGAAGCAGAAUCUUAACAGGACACCGGGUGUCAUCCGCAAGGUGCCGAACUUUCACCAGAAAAAGAAUGAAACAUACGAUGAAAAGUUUCCCGAGAAAGCCAAUGAGAAAACAGACGUGGAGAAGAUGGUGCCUGAUAUCAAGGAGGAGGGCAAACCUGUGAAACAGUUGGCUGCUGUUGCGGAGAGUCAAAAAGCUUCUGCUGAGAAGCCCUUCUCCUGCAGAGUGUGUGGUAAGGCUUUCCCAAGUGAAGCCAACAUGAAGAUGCAUCUCCAGUACCAUUUUGGGAGGACCUUCUCCUGCCGCUUCUGCUUCAAGAAGUUCCCACAUCCGGCCAGUCUCCGCAAGCACCUCAACGCCGAGCACCCAGAGGGUAUGGUGAAUGGAGUGCUCAUCAAGAGCAAGCCAGACAUCAUUAUCGGGCCUGAUGGGAAGAGGUUGAAGAGGAAGAGGAAGAAGAAGGUCAAGUCAGAACUCGAGUUGAUGCUCAGAAUUGAGAAUCCCGAGGUAAAAACGGAAGAUAUUGUAGAGGUGAAGCAGGAACGGGAUGUCGACAAUGAAAGUACACAAAGUCAGGAAUUUGAGUCUGCACGUCUUGAAAAGAUUUCCCAGGAAGCCGAGGAGGAAGAUCCGUGGGAAGAAGAGAUUCAAAUCACGAAAGAGUUAAAGAAGAAAGCCAGGUUGCAUUUUGCCUGCAUUCUUUGCAAGAAGAAGUUUAACAGUUACGUGAACAUGUGCAGACACAAGAGGCUAGCUCAUAGGGUCAAGAAAUACGGCAUGCCCACAGUGACACGUCAAAGGAUUGCCGCAAGGCUGCAAGACUGUGUGGUGGUCAAUGAUUAUAUUCCUAUAACCCCUGCCGAGUUCUAUGCAAGCAUAGCUGACAACAUUGCUACCAAUUUGGACAAUUAUAUUGAUGGUAAACAAGAAGCUUUGACCAAUUAUGAGAAGCAUGUGAGAAUUCCAGAUUACCAGUCUGUGUAUACCGUUGCCUCGGAGGACCAACCUCAACUAGACUGGUCGAAAUACAACUUCCCCAAAUCCUACACACCCUGGCAGGGCAUUGUGGGAUAUGACAUUGAGGAGGAUCUCCUUAGUAUUUAUGAUAAGAUUGGUUUCCGAGAUGAACGUGCUGCCAGAAGACUGAGAAGAAGUCGAAGCAGUAGCGAUGCAUCCUUUGAGGUUGAAAACAAGGAAACUGGAGAUGAAAACAGUAACCUCAGUAUCCCAGAACGAAAGUCGGUGGAUGAUGAGGCUCAGUCUAAGGCUGUUAAACUAGAAGAGAACAUCUCUGUUGUAGAGGAUGGAGGUUUUAACAGCAUCGGAAUUUCACCACAACUCAAGUCAGAGUCUAAGACUUGUGAUAAUGGUGAUAAAAAAUCAGCAGUUAAGACUGAAAAGUCUGAUAUAGUUUCUGGUUCAGAUUCCAUGACUGACAAGGAUUGUCAUUUUGUUCCAGGGAUAAAUGUGAAAAAAUGUGAUGGUUCAGUUCUUGAAGUGAAGCCUAAUAUUGAAAAGUGCAGUAAAUUGAUUCCUGAAGUCGGGUCAGUGGCUGAAAAGGAUGUUUAUAUAGACACAAAAUCAGGAUCCCUUCCUGGAAAGGACAGAAGUUUAGUUCUUGAAUCGGAGCCUAAACCAGAAAAUGAUGGUGGUUCGGUUCCCGAAUCUGUGUCAAAAAUUGAAAAGGAUACAGUCACUGCCCAACAGGAAACUGAAUCUAAUGCUACGCAAGACCAUAGUGGACUUGAAAGCGAGAAAAAUUUGCAGCAACACACACCGAAAGUUGACACGCAGACUCAAUUUGUUUCUGGUACUGAUACAGCUGUGCUGAUAGAUAUUGUAUCUGAUGGUGAAGAGCCUGAAGAAGAAAGGAGCAUUGUUUGUAAGGAUGAUGAACAGGAAAACAUAAAAAUUGAUCACAAUGACAUUUGUUCAAAUGGUGAAGUUAUGCCUUAUACCAUUCCUGAAGAAAUUGACUAUGAAAUUGAAGAAUGUAUGAAUGAAAUGAUUGAACAGUGUGCAAAGUCACAACAAAAUGACACAGAUUCUGUUCAGAAUGCUAGUGUAGAUGUUCCUCGGGAUGAGGCACCACUGGUAGAGUCGCCUCAAAUGAAUGUAGAAUCUGUGACUGCAGAUUCUACAUGUGCAUGUGCUAGUACUGUGUCAAAAGACGCUGCUGAAUUGGUACAGAAAGGUGAUACGAUAUCUACCACAGAGCCUUGUGUAAGACCUGGGAAAGAAGACAUCACAAGUUCAUUGGCUACAACAUCGGACACUUCUAGUGGCUUGGAAGAUGGUAGUGAGAAGAACCUUGUGAAAGAAUGCAUGCCAAAUCAGCAGAAGGGUGCGGAACUGUACUGUAUCACUGAAUCAAGGAAUAUGUCGUCAGAAAGAAGUAAUCCUGGGAUGGAUUCUUCAGUUGAUGACGGCUGUGAGGAAGUUUCAGAUGGUUUUGACAAAUGUGGAGGUGGUUCUUCUGGUGAAAAGUCUGAAAGGGUUCGUUCUAUUCAGGUUGAUGAAUCAAGAGGAGAUUCUUUAUAUCAUGUUCAAAGAUCUGAAGAUUCUCCUGUUGAUGUUGAGGAUUUGGUGAAAGAUCCCUCUGUUGGUGUUGGGAAAACAGGAAAAGAUUUAUGUAUUGAUGUAGAGAAAUCUGGAAACGAUUCUUCCAUUGGUGUUGAGGAAUUGGUAAAAGAUUCUGCCAUUGGUAUUGAUGAAACAGGAAAAGUUUCUACCAUAAGUGUGGCUUAUGGAAAGGAGUCUUUAGUUGGGGAAUCUGAAAAGGAAACAAAUAACUCUUCUCUUCUACCUGACAAAACCAGAAGUGAUUCCUCAGUUGAAGAAUCUCAGCCAAGUGGUAUGAGUUCUGUUGACAAAACAAGAAGUGAUUCCUCAGUUGAAGAAUCUCAGCCAAGUGGUAUGAGUUCUGUUGACAAAACAAGAAGCGAUUCCACCAGUUCUGUAGAUUCCUUCCCUUGUGAAUCAAAAGUGUUUGUGACAAAUAACAUCAGUAUUCUAAUUACCCCUGCCACUACAGAAACAGUGCCUAUAACGUCUGUUCCACUUACAGAUGCAACCCAUGUGAUACAAAGUGACAGAACUGUGUCAGAACCUUUGACUCAGGAUAUUUUUCAUUCAAAACUUACAAUGGACGCGCACAACUACUCACAACCAAGUCACUGUGAUUCACUUGUUCUUGAGGAAAAAUCUUGCCCUGUGUUGGAGCAUGUUUCAAGUAAUGAUAAACCAUGUAGUAUGACUAAUGAUAAGUCUGACAGUGUUGGUCAAGGAACUGCAUCAGAAUGUGAUCCUGAUGGUCGAGGAUGGAGUUGCGACAAGGAAAAGCCACAGAAAGUUGAGGUGGAUGUCCUGGAUGAAAGAAAGGAAUGUGUGUGUGCCACUGACGAAACAAAAACUAGCUGUCAUAAGAAGAAAACUUGUGUGCUUGAAAGACAAACGGAUUCAUCUGUACCUCUUGUUGCCUCGUCCUGUAAUGAAAGUCCACAACCUAAGGCUGGUGACUGUGUUUGUGAAACUGAUGAACAAAGUAACAUUGAUAGCUAUGCAGAAUUCAGUGCCAAGAUUGGUCUUGUUGAGGUUAAACAAAGUGACUGGACAAUGUCUGAAUCACCUUCUGUUGCUAGUGUUGAUGGUGAAGCAGAUGUGACGAUGUGGAUCAAGAAUGUUGUCCUCAGGGAUGUCAUCCAGAACGUUUUCACCCAUUCUGCUGCAGUCGCCUCAAACAACAAAACAGUCAUUGAGGAGGAAUUGGUUCAAAGUAGUUCUGUGAAAAAUAUAAACUUAAAGAUGGAAGCCAGCUUUGAUGGUAAUGUAGGGAUGGUAAAGACAGAACCAGAGGAAUCAACCAUAAUGGAUAGAGAUAUUGAAGAUGCUGUAGAGUCCAUCCUGUGUGAGGUUGCCUCAAAUAACAUCACAUCUGACACUAGUCCGUUGUUAGAGGGAAACAACAACAAGGUUACUUCAUGUAUGGAGAGUAUUAAGAUAGAGAUACCCCCUGUGUUAGUACCCUACUAUGAAGAUUAUGACGAUGGACAUGAAGAGGAUAGUUCACAAAUAGCAUCCCACAUUCUUUCAGAUAUCAUCAACAGUGUUUGUCCUGUGUCUGAAGAUGAAGUGAAAUUUUCAUCCGAUGAACCUAAAGAUCACCCUGGCCUUAAUGAUUUUGUGAUGACCGCUUAUAAUGACCAUCUGAAAUCACCAACAAGUAUUUUGAGGCAUCUCCAGCUGAUCAGAUGGGAUAAAGAAAGCCUUGACAGCCUGACAGUCAAUAUUUCGGAUGAUGAUCACAAGGAAGAAGAGAUACCUCCUCAGGGAAAAGUAAUCCGAUACAAGCCCCAUCUCCAGCUCAGCCCAGUACCCAGUGCUUCCUUCAACACCAUCUCCUUCGGGAGCCAUGGUCCAGUGAAUUACAUUUGCGGAGUUUGUAAGAAACAUUUCUUGAUGACCGAUGCUCUGCUGAGGCAUCACUUCAAGAAGCAUCCUUCCAUAGAUUUCAGCUACAUUGAGAUAGAGAAUGGCAAUGACAUUGAUCUGUUGUUUUACACAUGGCCAUGCAAUUUUGGACUUCUGGCAUCUUCACAACCAUUUUCUGAAGAUUGUCGCAAUCUGGAUUUGUUUACAUGUACCAGAUGUGGCUCUACAUUUAAGCAUAUACACAGACUCCAUGUCCACAUCAUUAACUGUGAUCCGAAAAAUUAUGAAACACUUGCCUCAAAGAGAAGGAAGUACAGACGAAAGAUAAGAAAGCAGUUGCUGGAGGCAAUGAAGUCCAAGACAACUGACGCUGAAGGAACACCAGCUCCAGUAGUUGUUGCAGCCCCCAGAAGACCAGGUAGACCAAGGGGAAUACUAGGUCGUAAGAAGAGGCUUGAUGGUAUUAUUGAUAGCCCAAAGAAUAGGAAGAGAAGGAACUAUGAACUACUGUACAAUCCUCACAAUCACAUUCGCAGAAGAGAGAUGACUGACGUUGUGGAAAAGCACCAGUGCCGUGGAUGUGAAAACACUUUCAAGACCCUCUCCCUGCUUGAGAGGCAUGCAAAGAAGUGUUCAGGAAGAGACAAACUUCAAAGUCUGAGACCAGUUCAGAGCUCUUUACUUGAGGACAUGGCUCAGAAACCAAGACAUACCUGUAGAUACUGUUCUAAACAUUUUACAUACCUCAAGAGUCUUGCAAAUCAUUAUAGAGCAUUCUGUUCGAUAAGGAAGUCUCGUCAGCAGAAAGGUCUUCUUGGGGCAGAGGAUUUUCAAGAUGAAGAAGACCUCCUGAAGUUAAUAAAGAAACUUGAAAUGGCCAAAUUGGAGAGCAAGGAAACAGAGGUGGAUGAGAAUGAUGGAAGGAGGAAGAGAGGAGGCUGGCCAAGAGGGAUGAAGAGGAAGAAUAGACGCAAGAGACAUUGCUGGACUUAUGUGAAGAAGAGGAAGCCUGAUGAUAAGGAUGAGGUUGAGGGGGAACUGGUUGAUCCAAUGCUGUGGAAUCCUGAAGUAGACUGGAUGGAUGAGCUACUUCCUGCUGGCCAUGGUGAGGAAGACGAUUCAGAAGAGGAGGAGGAAGAAGAAACUAAGGAACCUGUUCCUAAAGAAGGAAAAACAGAAGAGGAAAAUGUGAAAGAUGUUAAAAAAGGGAAUGCUGCAUCUGGCAAUGAAGUUUAUGUAGACUCAAAAAAAGACAUUCCUUCUAGUGCUAAACCAGAGAGUGCCAAACCUGAGAGUCCAAGAAAAGUAAAGAAGAAGGCAAGUACUACAGUGAAAGAAGAGGCAACAGAUGUUCCAACUGAAGAGCCAAAGAUACAACUUGAAGUUUCUAGUCCAAGGAAGAAGAACAUCAAGAUAAUUAUCAGUGAACCUGUCCAUGAUGAACCUGAAGCCACACAGGUUCCUCCAGCAGCCAAAGAAACAGAAGGUGUUGGAAGUAUUCAUGAAUCUGAAGAUAAUGGAAAAGAUGAACCUGAAGGAUCUGGUUAUGUUCAGGACUCUGUGGAACCUAUAAAUGCUCCGAAGUCAUCAUCAGGACCUGAAGAUGGAGGAGCAAUCAUUUUAAGUCCUGUCAAAUCUGAAGGUGAAAUCCCUGCCACAAGUGAAGGAUCAGGAACUCCGGGGUCGAGUCCAGAAAAGAAAAAGAGGAAGUAUGUGAGGAAGGUUCCCCUUGAAGAGGUUCUGCUAAAGAAGAAGAAAAACCGAAUGAUGAAAUUGGGUCUUAUUGGCGAUGGUGGCACUGUCUCUAAACAAACUGAAUCAUCCUUGAUUGGUAGUGCUUUGGGUUCUCCUACAAAGAAGAAGAAAGCUCAGGUUGGAAAGUCAGAGCCAGUGAAAAUUGCCCCAGUUAUGGGUGACUUGAAGCUAGCUCAAGUCAGUGAUAUAGUAAUGAAGCCUGCAUUGGCCAUCAAAACAGCAUCGCCUAUGAAUAUGACUAAGAAUAAGGAUGUUCUUGAUGGUGGUACAGUUACUCUGAUAACAGUGUUUCCACAAAGCAAGCCUUCAAUCAUUAACGCACCAAUAAUACAGAUUGUUAACGAGAAACCAAUAAACAUUUCACCAAAGAAGACAAAGCAGGACUCUCCUCCCCAGAAAACAGUGAAACAGUCCCCCAAUAGGUGUGCAAAGGACAGCAGUGCUAGUGCAACAGAAUCGCCUUCUCCUCUGAAAACUGCCAAGGUUAAGACUCCAAGAAAGAUUCAAAAGUCCCCUUGCAAGACAAAGACGAUGAGCCCAAAGACUGAAGUGAGUUUGAGUGAUCAUGUAGAAAUUGAUUCUUUGGAAAAAUCUACAAAGAAAACGCCGAAGAAAAAUAAAAGAGCUACUUCUGUGCCUAAUUCAUGUGUAGAGAUUGUGAGUAUUCCCACUGAAGCGAAGACUCCAACCAAGACAACUUCAAAGAAAUCAUCAGAAGCAAGUAGUACUCAUGCUGAUGCCAAUACAGAAAGUAACACUACUUCAAAAGGUAAAACAACUCCGAAAAGGACCCCUGCAAAGGUCAAGGUUACACCUAAGAAGGGUUCAGCUGAGACUGGGGGUUCCAAAAAGGGUGCCCAAAAGGCUGGAAAUGUCAAGAAAACACCAACUAAGUGCCAAAAGACUGAUAAAACUGUGUCUGUGAAGAAAAAUGAACAGGUAUCCGAGACUGACAAAGCUUCACCCUCAGGUAAAGGUCAGCCUAAGAAGCGGAGGACGGGUCUGAACUCGUCCUUGCUGUGUGAAGAAGAUCCUGAAUUUCUGUUUGAUUCUGAUGAUUCUGAAGAGGUACUGGCAAGGAAAAGACCCAAGCCGAGAUUAAAGUGUGUCAUCGAGAAUCCAAAUCUAGUGAAUAAGGUGUCUGAGUUUGGGUCUGAAUCCGAUAUUAGUCGGUAACAAAGCAGCUCAAGAAUAUUUCAUCAUCCGAGUGUGUCGAGUUAUUCCUCCGAGUGUGGUUUUCAUGUCAUGAUUAGAUGUUAAUCCAUGGAGAGUAUUUGAUUUAAUCUCAAAUGUGAUAUAUUUCAUGUGUUUUCUGGCGAAGUGGACUCAUCAGUGUGACGAAAUCCAAGGUUCCGAAAAUGGAAAGUUGAAAUUGGGCACAGUUGUAAAAUAUGAUGCCAGAUAUAGAAAGUGAAUGUUAUGCUUUCCUAAAAAACAAAGAAAUGUCUGGUGAUUAAUGUCAUUUGGGCAAUCUCAUCCACUGUUUCAACAUUGGUAAAUAUGUCUUCAAGAAUUCAGGGAAGACCCUGAAGAGAGGAGCUAAUUGGAACUUAUGAUAGUAAUACAAUGUUAUCCAGUCAUUUCCGUGAUGAUUGGUGUGUGUUUGGACAAGAUUGGUUGAGGGGACCGUUUGAUAACAUCACGCAUGUGACAAUUUUACAUUUGUAGUGAUCUGCCUAGAUAUGAAUGAAAGAACUGAACACUGUAUAUAUGGAUCAAUGGCUGCAGCCAGGAAGGUUGGAAUGUUUAUGGGUAUCAAAAGGUGUUUGUAAGAUUAUUUUUUUAUUUAGCAUUACAUGUAUUUGUAAGAACCCUGUUUAAAUGGGUCAUUGGCUUAUUCCAUGAAUAUAGCAUUUAGUGCGCUUAACAAGCAUUGUGUAAGAAUAUUUUGAAUGAGCAUUACUUAUGCUUUUGGGGAUCUUGUCUCAAUAGAUCCUCGGUUUGUGCUGUGAACAUAGCAUUAAGUGGCCAUAGACAGGAUUUUGGAAGAAUGAUAUUUUGAAUGAACAUUGCUUGCAUUUGUUGGAACCCUGUAUAAACGGAUUCUUGGCUUGUGCGAUGAAUAUGACAUUUAGUGCCCAUGGAAAGGAUUCUGCAAUAAUGAAAUUUUUGAAAGAGCAUUGCUUGCAUUUGUUGGAACCCUGUAUAAAUGAAUCCUUGGUUUGUGCAAUGAAUAUGACAUUUAGUGCCCAUGGAAGGGAAUCUGUGAAAAAGAACAUUUUGAAUGAACAUUGCUUGCAUAUGUUGGAACUCUGUAUAAAUGGUUCCUUGGCUUGUGCGAUGAAUAUGACAUUUAGUGCCCAUGGAAAGGAUUGUGUAAAAAUGAAUUGUUUGCUUGCAUUGUUGGAACCCUGUAUAAACGAGAAUAUAAGAAAACAUAAAACUAUAGAAUGACAACUUCUGAUUUAUUGUAUUUAGCAAUGCUUUGAUGUAAAUUCUUGUACUGUUUCGAAGCUGGAGUGACUACAACCAAGUGAUGAGAGGUAUAUAUGCAUGACGUGUUGUGAUAAGUGGCAGAUUAACAUUAACAACAUCAGGUAACACCGUAUUCGACGUAAUAAGCGCCCCGCUGUUAUAAGCGCCCACAGCGAUAUUUGCUAAUACAUUGGCUAGUGAACAAUACAAAUUAGCACCCUUUCGA